UUCUUAAACCCAACCGUAAUCACUUAUAUUAACUGUGAAGGGUCUCAGCCCUGUCUAYGGAUAUGAGCAUAUAAAAACAGUUCUUACAUCAUUAGAGAACUGUGCACUCAAGAAACCAAACAGAAAUCUGGUUCCAGAAGGACUUUGCUGUCAGAGUCUACAAAUGAAAAUUCUUCAAAACAUAUAUAUUUCCAGAGAAAUGCUUUCUACCAGGGCUUCUGUUGAAUUAGCAUCUCUUCUACAAAUUCUGAGCAUAUUCACUGUAAGCCCUGGUGACUUUUAGAGCUAAGCAGAAAUUUGAGGAAUGGUAUCUUACCUGACUGUGCCUCCAGCUCCAUCUUCUGCAUCGGAUCUGUGUCCACUGCAGUUAAAAGGGGAGUACAAACUGGGCUGGAAAAGAGCUUUGCUGCAUUGUGCUUUCCGCAGUGGGAGAAGCAUCAGCUUGAUCAAAUAAUUUUUUAUGGACUCCUCUCCGAGCAAAACAUCUAAAUUUGUCUUCUGGAUACCACUGGAAUGGGCUGGGAUGUGCAGCAGUUUGUUGUCCACCUGUCUGUUAUUGCUCUGKUGCUGCUUGGUGGAGGAAGAGGGACAGAGCUCCCUGGCAGCUUGAGCUGUCUGAACAACUACGUGAACACUGUGAGCUGCACGUGGAUGGCAGAGGAGCCCAUGGGUGAGGGACCCUUCCACCUGCACUUCACAAACCUCUGGUCAAAGGGACAAAAUGCCAGCUGCAAGCUGAGAGUCAGCAUGGGGAUGCAGAAUCUCUACCGCUGCACCAUCUGCUUGGCCGGCCAGAUCUUGGAAACAGAUGGGUACAGGGUCUCGCUCCAAGGAAGCUUCCUGGGGAGCAAUCGCACAUUUGUCCCUUUUCCGGAGUACAGCCCCCGCCAGCACAUAAAGCUUGAUCCACCUUCAGGCCUCCAGGCCAACAUCACUGCCAGCAAGUGUCAAAUAUGGUGGAGUGUGCCAUGGUACCUUGCCGAAAUUCUGCAGUAUGAGCUGCAAUACAAGGAGCACAGCACACCCUGGGAGACUGCAUUGAACAAAACACCAACCAGUUCACUGCCACAGAUAGAAAUUGAAGCCACAGAGUUUCGCAAGGGCAUCGCUUACAUUGCAAGAGUUCGCUGCAAAGUUUCUGAAAGUGAGGAUUCUUACCACAGUGAGUGGAGUGAGUGGAGCCAGACAACAUCAUUUCAAAGAGCAGGUAUAUCACAACUGCCUGAAAAGCUCUUUAAUGUCAGAACUGUGCAGUUCUUGUUCAUUCCUCUGAGUUUUGUUAUUGUGCUCUAUGUAGUUUGGAACUGCAAGCUUUCCUCAAGGGCAAAAAGCCUGUCCUGCCUUAACAUUCCCACACCAGCUGCCUUCUUUCAGCCGCUCUACAACUUGCACAAUGGAAAUUUUAAGGACUGGGUUGGACCUGAUGAGGCCUGUGGCCAGCUCAGAGGAGAAGACACCAGCAACCUGAACAGAGUAUCUGCCGAUGGAGAUUCUGCACUAAGCACCCAAGAAAUGAUUUCCCAGAUCUCCUUGAAAUCUAUAGAAAGCACAGAUCUGGUUGCUGCAGAAGAAAAUUAUGCAUUUACCUCUGGUCUCAACGAGCAGUAUGUCCCCAGCAGAUAUGUGAGAACAGAACAGAGAGAAGUGAGGUUGACCUUGCAGUUUACACGGAACUAUACUGAUAAUACAGCUGGGCUGAAAAUCUCUGAAAUAAUUAAAAGCAACCUUGAUAGCCCUCACAUGGAAAGGAAUGAUUCCUCCCGCUUACAGCAUCUAGCAGAUGACUUCCCUAUGCUUCAAGAGUCUUUGGAAAUGACAAACGUAUCUUUUAGCAGCAGUGACUAUUGCACCUUGUGUGACAAUGGUACCAGAGGAGCUCUGAUUCCUACUGAACUACUGAAGCUCUCUGAAGGUGACAGUCUUGUCAAACAUUUGAAUGAAGAGAAUGAUAUUCUAUGAGGAACGUAGCCUGUAGAAGCAUGUGCCCUGUCUUCUUGCCUUUCCACACCAUAUCCCUGGUUCCUCGGUGAAACUGAGAACAGUGCAGAGCUGCUCCUAGUUCUUUGCCACCCAACAGUUACUACUGAACUGUGAUUUCUUAAAAAUCUUUAUUCUUAAAACUCUAUAUUAUUCUUGAUGAUUUUUUUCCUAAAGAUGCCUUUGCUUCUUCGUAUUACAUUGAGUUCUUGUUUGCAGUACUGAAACCUGGAGGCUGCUUUCACUCUUAACAAAAGCUUGUUCCAAGGUUAAUAUUUGGACUGAUCUGAUAAAAGUGGAGAAAAGUGAAAAGCAAGAAUAGCACAGACAAGGGGUUGACUGGACCACAAGCCAGUGAUCUAUCUUUUUAAGGCUUUAUUCACUUCUCCAGAACUGACCAGUGCUUUGUUUCU